UCCGUGCAACGGUCGUGUAAACGGAAACUGGCCUGAAAUGGGCAACACGCUCAACAGGCAAACAUAACUUUUUAUUGUUCUAUUGAAUUCCUGGAGUAUGGAUUGGGAAAGCAAGUUUUCUUCCAUUGUACGUGAAACAGAGACAAAUUUAGCUAGAGUUCGGGAUCGCUUGGGUUCAGGCAGAAGCAAAACAAAAGCAUUCCUCGAUAGUUCAAGUGGAAACCAUUUUGGCGCAGGUAAUCUUCACUCUGAAGCCACUAGAAGUCCUUUCAAAUUCUCCAAGGCAUGGGACUUACCAAGCAGCUUACACAGUCCUGUGAAAACGGUUGGCAUGGCAACCAGUGUUCCAUCCAGUCAGGCAUCACCUGCUUUAGUAAAUGCAUUGUUUGAAAGGGUUGAGGAACAAGCUGAGAUGGUGAAUCAGCUGAGUGAUGCUGUUAACAAGCUUUUGAAAGAAAAAGAGGCACAUGCUGCAGAGAUCAAGAAAAUGAAAGAUGAAAUAAACAGACUGAAUGACAGGCUCAGAGAAAGAGGAGUGGACCUUGAAACAGAGAGAAAACUAGAACAAUUUAAACGUGAUGUAUUCAGUCAGUUAGAUUUGGUACGAAACCAAACAAAACUGAGCCCAGAUGCUGUUGGGAAAAAUUCUCAUUUCAUUGAUUCAGCUGUCAUGAAUGAGGCGAAAAGAAUGAUUGAAGAAGAAACAGAGUCUUUAGGAAGGAAUAUUGAGCACCUUAAAACAAGACUGGGUAAAAUGGAGCUUGAACUACAAUCUGCUGUUGCUAGUUCUAGAGAUGUUCUUCAUAAACAAGAGAGGUUGGAUAGAGCUUUGUCAUCACUGUCAGAGAAUCAGCGCUCACAAUCAAGAAGCCUGAGCAGCAUUGUUGAUGACAGACAAUCUGACUCCUAUGAGAUACAACAGCUCAAGCACCUUGUUAACAAAGUGAGCAAUCAGUGUUCUGAACUAGAAACAGAACUUCAGUCCAGCAUCAGGCAAUCAGGAGUUUCAAGUAGCAACUCUUCUGUGAGACAGCCUCGACCAUCCCCAUCCCACCAAACCAGGAUGACCAAUGGUACCUCCAAACCAAAGAAAAAAGGUGUCAAACAGAAAUCUAAGGGAGCCACAGAUGAUCUUGUAAUAUCAAGUAAUAGUGACACUGAUCUAAGCUUGACAACACUUGAAGCUAGCAGCCUUAGUGAUACAGACCUAGCCUCACUGCAGCUUGACAGAUCAUAUGCAGGAGCAUCUGGAAAAGGAAUGGGAAACAUCUCUAGUUCAUCAUUGAGUUCCCUAGAUUCUGAUGAUCUGCUUAAAUAACUGUCACGCAGGGAUCAAAAGGAAUAUUAUGUGAUAAAAUAAUCACAAUGCACUUUCCUGUGACACAAGUAACUGUACUCUUUUUAUUUAUUGUACCAGUUAAAUUUUAGCAGAGAAAAAAAUUGCAGACAAAAAGAUCCAUUAAUUGUAAUGUUGAAUGAGACAAGUAGUUAGGAGUUUGCCCCUGUGCUUACAGGUAGAGACCUUUUUUAUAACUGAUAAUAUAUUCCUCAAUAAAUUACUUUUUGAUACA